AUGGUCCUGGAAGGGAAGACAGAACCGUAUAGAAAGUGGAUCAAUAUGUCAGGAAGCCUGGCACCAUGGAAGCUAGAGAAUGAAUCUUCCUCUUUCCCCUAUACAUCCAUGUUGAAAGGGCGGGUCAUGGCUUAUGAGGUUCCAUCUUGUCAUGUGGAAGAAAAUGAGCUAGAGCUAGAGCCAGGAACUGGUGGGGUUUAUAGUUAUCCCUGGGGUCGGUGUCAUCAAGCUGAUGGAAUCCCAUCCAGUGAGUUUUCUCGAGUGUUCCGGAAUGCUGGCCUGGUCAUGGUGGUGCCGGAAGGGAUGCCUGAAGGUGCUCCAAUCGAGAUAGCCGAUGUGACGGAAGGGGAAGCUCUCGUUCUUCAAUGCCGCUUCGAUCCUCAAAGAAUCCCGCCCGACUCCGCCUUUUAUUGGCGUCAUGGGAAUGGACAGCUGGGAGACAAUGUUGCCCUCUUUGGUGUCAUUCUCGAGAAAAGCUACAGGCUGGACUAUGAGCACUCGGAAGGGAAAUAUGAUCUGCAUAUUCAAGCAUCGGAUUAUUCAAGAGACAAUGGACAAUUCCAGUGUAGUAUCCGAGAGCCGGAGACAGGUGAACAGCUAGUCCUGAAGACAUUCCAGGUGACAGUUCUCGUCGCACCAGGACCACCGAAUGUAUACCCAAGUCAGCCGGUGGUGGUGGAAGGCGCCGAAAUUGAACUCACUUGUGCAAGUCAAGGAGGAAGCCCGGACCCGCAAAUCAAGUGGUAUCGAGUAGGCAGCGAUCAACCGCUGGAAGCAAGUUUACAGCCAGGAGGAAGCCGAGAUAAGCCAACUAAGGCUGUUUUCAAACUUCAAGCCACCAAAGAUGACGAUGGCGAAGAGUUCAAAUGCAUCGUAUGGAAUCGAGCCUUGAAUGAAGGAAAAACUCUUUCCGUCACCACCAAGCUCUCCGUUCACUAUUUCCCUCGAGUGAGUGUAGGACCAGGUGACCCAGUUCGAGUGGUAGAAGGGACCCGUGCGCGAUUGGAGUGUGAAGUAGACGCCAAGCCACCUGUGGUCGGAGUUCGAUGGCUUCGCCACUCAAGAGUCCUAUCGCGUGGCUUCCAUCACGCAUUGGACAAUGUGAAGAUUUCGGAUGCCGGAGAAUACGUGUGUCAGGCGGAUAACGGCUUGGGUCAGAUGGGUCAAGGGUCAUUAGAGGUGGAAGUCUUGCACGGUCCCAGGGUAAGCGUUCAAGAGAGACUGGAAGUCCGGGAAGGAGAAACGGCUCGACUGGAAUGCACAGUCGUCUCCAAUCCUCGCCCCAUUCGAGUGGAAUGGAGGAAAAAGAGUCAUGGAAUUGGGAAGGAAGAGGAGGGAAGUAGUAGUAGCAGUAAUUUCCAUGUCCAAGGAGAGACUCUUCUCUUGAGACACGUGGAACCCCGAGAUGCGGGUUUCUAUGUCUGUACGGCGACAGUGAUAAUGGACCCAGCGCCGAAGACAGGAACAGGGAUGAGGAUGGAAAGACAAGAGAAUGCAACUUCUCAACUGGUGGUUCGUCAUGGGCCAGGAGAAGCGGAGAUUCGGACUUCGCCUGGGAUGGGGAUUGCAGGACAACCGACUCGUGGUUAUCCUCCUCCUGUUUUCACAUGGUGGAAACAGGAUUCUCCAGGAACCCCACUCGCCAUGGGACCCAACCUCACUCUCCCCAUCCUCUCUCUCGCCUCUGAGGGUGUCUAUCAGUGCAGAGCUCAAAAUGCUCUGGGGGCAUCAAGUGCCGGCUCCUAUAAUCUGGAAGUGUUUCAAGCACCCAAAAUCGUCAUGCCCAUGGCACCCCAGGCUGUCAGGAGCGUCGGAGAUCUAGGAUUUUCCAUCAAUUGCUCUGCUACGGGGAAGCCGAGCCCAAGCGUUCGCUGGUACAGGAACGGAGAAGAGAUCUCUGUAGACAGUCCUUUGUAUGAGGUCCGAAGUCACGAGCUAUUGUCCCGUGAUCCAGGAAAUACGUUGAGUACCGUAUCCACAGUGUUGAGUUUCCAAGGCCCAGGCAGAGACAGGGGCGGCCUUCUACCGAACGAUAGUGGGAGGUACUCCUGCCGCUUCUCCAAUGACGUCGAUGCAGCGGAAUCAACUCUUCAGCUCCGAAUGCAACAUGCGCCAAUUUGGGAAGGUGGACCCAAGAAGCAAGCGGGAACGGUUGGAGAAACAGUGAAUUUGGAAUGCCGCGUCCGGGCUUUCCCACGUCCUAGGUUCCAGUGGUUCAGGCCUAGAGUACAAGGUCGGAGGCAGGGAAAGCCGGAUGGGACAGGGGCAGGGGGGGUGGAGAUGGAAGUGGAAGUGGAAGUGGAAGGGAGUGCAGGAGGGAAAUACGAGAGCAACAGUACGAGCCUGGGAGGAGACGUCCAUGUGGGAGUGUUGGCGAUCAGGGAUUUGGUAGAUGAAGAUUUUGGUCCUUACAUCUGCCGGACAUCCAAUGCUCUUGGGAGGGGCGAUACCCGGAUUGUCGUAGGCCCGAGAGGCCCUCCUGACCCUCCUCUCCCUCCAAGGGCACAGGCCACUGGCCCCUCUUGGGUCCUUCUCUCCUGGCUGCCUGGAUACCACGGCGGACUCCCUCAUUCCCUAGGAUACAUGAUCUCCGUCAAGGAACUGGAAGACUCUCGUCAUGAAAUGAUGUUCGAUUGUCAAGAUAAAAUCCCAUGCAAUAUUACUGGACUUCGACCACAGACUUCCUACACGUUCAAGGUGAAGGCAUUCAAUUUGAAGGGAGAGAGUGAUUUCUCUCAUCAUUUGGACUGGAGAACGGGAAUAAGUUAUUCCCACCUUCCGGUGCCUGAAGAUGUCUACUAUGGUGAAGAGGAUGAGCUUCUCAUCUUCACUGUUCGAAAUGCACCGAUCCCACUUGUGGGAAAAGUAGAAAUCGCGAUGGGAUCCAUGGAAUGGAAGUCCUACCAAGAGAUUCCUGUAGAUGAAGAACACAUGGAGUUGAAGAUCGAGAGCGGGAAGGAAUCUGGGAUUCCCCGCAUCGGAGGUGUCCAAGUCCGCCUUUGUCUCGCCGAGAACCUCACCCUCUGUGGCGAAGUGGCUCCAGCGCAAUUUGUGACAACAGUUCCGGGGCAAAUGGUUGCGGAACGGGGAUUCCCGAUCGAAUAUCUUGUGGUCAUCGUCCUUUGCUGUGUGGCCUUCGUUGUUGCGGGGAUCAUCAUCUUGUGCUGUUGCUGCUGCCGGCGAACGGAGCCCAAAGCGACGAAAGGGGACAAGAAUUAUCGCCUUCCUAACGCCAAUGGGAUGCAUCCUAUUCCGAACCUGGUGGCACAGCAGCCGCCUCCACCGCCUCCGUAUUUCCAGACCGACGGGAAAAGAGACAGAGAACACCAUUCGCCUCCAUCCGGCGACGACGGGAUGGGGAAUUCACCUACCCACGUUUAUGGAACUGCUCAAUACGGCAUGAAUGGAGGGUGUCACGGAUACAUGGCCGUGGGAUCCACGGCAGGGGGAUCCCUCAAUUCCCAGGAUUCUCUGUGGAAACCAGGCCCGUCGGGAGAAGACUGUGCAUCUUCAUAUCGGAAUUACGAUCCCUUGGGAUUGGGGUUCUCUGGCUAUGGGGAUUAUUCUCAUUAUCCACCAAGUACUCACUCGGGUCAACCGGACUUGGAGUUCAUGCCCCAACACAUGCAUAAUAAACCGCCCAGCGCCUCCAAUGCUUUUCCGUCUCUCCUCGACCAUAACGAUUCUCUGUAUCCGAUCGGAGAAUCCGGAUAUGGAGGUGGAGGAGGAGGCAUGCCGCAGUCUGGGCUAUCGAGUUCGAUGAGGACAAUGAUGCCCAUGGACGAAUCUGGAGAGGGUGAAAUCUCCACACGCAAUAAUCGACGCAUCAUCCGGGAAAUCGUCGUUUGAACUUUCGAACGUUCGGAUGUACGAACGAAUGAAUGCCAUUCACGUGAUUCUAGUCCCACCGUGGAUGGAUCGAUUCACACGUGAUCUCAUUUACCACAGCUCUUACAAACGAUGCUUGUUAUUGCUCAAUGCCAAGUGCAGAUGAGGGAAGUAUGUUCUAGGUGUCCACUUCCCACGGGGGAUCGUGCCAUUCCUGUUCCAUGUAGCAGACGCUGUGAUAAUUUCAUUUGAUCCUCUCGUUCGGGCUUCUUUCUCCUUCCUCUCAUCCUACAAGAAGAGAGAGCUCUGAUGAUGUGGUGAAGAAGAUACUGUAUCUCAUCUCGUGUCAUAUCUUUCCUUCUCAUCUUCCCUCAUAUUUCUUUCUCUCUCUUUUUCGUUCUUCUAUAUGCAUGG